UUGAUGUGCGCAGUUGUGCACUCGUGUUCUGAAAUUUGAAUAUUUUUGUGGACUUACUUUAACUGUAAUUCAAUAGAGACCGAUCCACCAUACAAGGAAAGUCAUGCCCCCGGAAAGUGAUAGCGAUGUGGAGAUCAUAGAGACGGAAUCUUUUGAUUAUCGUAACCAUCAUCGCCGGCCGGAACCCCUUAGGUUUCCAGCUAAGAUGUUUACACAAAUUCCGCCCGGCAUCCCCUCUCCACCAUUUUCGCCCAUGGACAUGCCCCUGCUCAAGGAGGCCAUGGCCCACAAUGGACAUGUUAAUGUUCCGGAAGGAUUCGUUCUGUGCAUUCCGUGUUAUCUUUGCAAGCAGCCCUUCAACGACUACGAAACGCUCAAGGAACACCUCACCCAACAUGCGGCGGAGAUGACCGCCUGGAAUACAUCGCAUGCGCAGGCGCAGGAGCCUCAGCCUCCGCCAAUGAUGAAACCCUAUAUUCACCCCCUCAAUCAGACCUUCGCGCAUCCCAUAGAACAGCCUUUAUAUCAUCCCAUCAAUCAGGGCAUGGGUCAUCAGAUGCAGUUCCACAUGCCCAUGAACUUUGGACACCGGCCGCCACUGGAUCUUUAUUCACCGCCUCUCGAACCGCCGAUGGCUUAUCCAAUGCCUCCGGCUCAUCACCAUCCGAACAUGAUUCAACCACCCAUUCAACAUCCCAUCCAACAACCACUGGAAUUCCCAGGACCAGGACCAGGACCUCGACAUUUACCCAUGCCAUCCCAGUUUCCGCAGGAAAUGCCGGUUCAACCUCAAGUGCUCAGAUCCCUUCUAAAGAACCCACUGUUUCCGCGUGAACAAUCGCACAACUUAUUUGCCCACGAGUCGGGAUCUCCUCCAGUGGAAAAGCCACCGGUCUUGGUAAAACCCAAAUCUCCAGAUUCUUUACCAGCUCCGACUCCAGAUUCAGCUCCAGCACCGGUUCCAGUCUCGGUUAUCAUAAAGCCACGAUCUCCGGAGCUGAUUAAACCAAAAAUCCCCAGGCAGUCGGUGUACCUUCGAGGUCAGUUCGAGUGCGACUGGUGCGGGAAGCGUCUGAGCUCCCGCCAGUCCCUGAGAUACCAUGAGAACCAUUUCCACGCGGAGGAGGAGCUGCCCGAGAGUGCGAUUGGCAGGGAUGUGCAGAAGCAGCACAGGUGUCCCACCUGCAAGAAGCGCUACAAGCGGCGCAACUUUCUUUUGAUGCACAUGAAGGUCAAACAUGGGAUAGUCCGAUCGGCCAAAAGUGUUUCCGAACCGGAGUCUCCAAGUGCCGCUGAUGCGCCUGCGCCGCCUGCGCAGGUCCCGGUUUUAGUCUCUAACAAAUCUUCGCCGACCGAAGAACCGAAGAGGGAGAUUUGGAGCACUCAAAUCUACAACGCCGUAGCCGCAGCCAAGUAUAAUCCAGCCAGCGAGCGAGCGGAUAAGUAUCUCAGUGCGCCACGUCAGCAGCCGGAGCUUCUGGAAUCGGGUUUCAAACCCACACCGAAGCGAACGUAUCCACUACGUUCGCCGUUCUUCAAUCCGGAUCUAUGGCUGGGCUGCGAUGCAUACUUAUAAGGAAAACUGGAUUGGACUUGUGGUGGAAACCCCCAACUGGAAUAUAAAAUAUUCGAGCUAUCGAACCAUAUCGCCCUUAAGCGGAUGUCAGCAGAGCUGACUACUCUUAGUAUCGUUACUUAAACUAUACAAAUUCUUCAUUUUAUGGAGCUUCCAAGUAUGUACAAUGUACAUUGUACGUAUAUAAUUUCAUGGAUACAUAUCCAUGUCGCUAGCGAGGUUUUCUGUGUCCUCAGCACUUUCGAUCUCGACUUCGAAAUCCCAAAAGGCAUAGCCAAAUGUUUAUGUCAAAAUAAACAAUAUCAAGUUGCUGACUUCAGCAAAGAAAUUUGAACGGUCAGACGAUCGAGUUCGACGUCUUUCGUCUCUUAGGUUUCAACGAAUCGCCAUUAAUGAAAAAUAAAUAAAGAAACCUAUGUGCACCAUA